AUGAUGAUUGCUUUAAGUUUCUUUUAUGCAAUGUUGGCAACUAUUUUUUCAUUAGUUUUCGAACUUUCUCAUAUAAUUUCUGGUGAUACAAAAAAUAGAAGAAAUAUGGGAAUUAAAGAAUUGAUUUUUGGUUUAUAUAUGUAUGGAAGUUCAAUUAUAUUUUUAAUUUAUUGUUAUAUUGCUCUUUUGUUACACCCAAAAUGGAAAAGAAAAAUAGGGGCAUUAGUUGUGCAUUUUAGAAGCGAAUCAAGUCAAAGCAUUUUCCAGCAGGCAACAGAGAGGAAAGUUAGCCAUAGCAGUCCAAGUGCCGGAAGUCUUUUUCUUCGUCUUGGAUGUGUAGUUUUUGGUGUUAUCGGCACAGUUUAUUAUGCUUUCAACGUUUUUCUCUGUAUUAGUGAUACAACUUGCCAACAAAAUUACCUUAUUUGGUUAGAUUUACUUUCCAUAAUUUUUGUUUUUACACAAAUGCAUUUUGUUUUUUGUAAUUGGAAGUUAACUAUAAGUCAAUACCAAACAAUUUGUCGGUUUGGAACAAUGCAUUUGGUGGCCACAAAUCUUUGGAUUUGGAUUCGUUAUAUUUUAAUUGAAGAAUCGUUAAUGGGGGAUGAAAUAAGACAAGUUUUUGCUCGAAAUAUUGCUGGUAAUAAUAAUGAAAAUGAUGAUUGGGGAAGUGAAGAAUUGGAAAAAAAUUUAAAUAAAAAUAUUACAAACUCUUUGUUGCCAUUAUUAAAUGAAGAAAAUUCUCAAGAAUCUAAUGUAGCUAGACGUUCACUUAUGCGUAAAUGUGAGGGGGCUGAAUGUGUUCUUGCAAGUUUCAACGAAGUAAUGUAUACAAGUAUUGUUGAAUAUUCUCUUAUUGGCGCUGCAGUAAUGUUUAUUGUUUGGAGAAAUAUUGGAAAAGUUGAAAAUCCUGUUGAGAGAUUUGGUUAUGUCCCAAGAAAACACAGAAUUCGAUUAGAUUGCUCUAAAAGCACAACUGGACUUUUCUUUGGACUUGCUUUUCUUGCUGGUACUUUUACUUCCAUGGCUGUAUUUUCUGGUUAUACAAUUAUGGGUCAAAAUCAACUGGCUGCUACAGUAUUUGGCUUUACUGAUAUUGUUCAUUAUUUAAUUAGUACUUGUGGGUGUAUUGUUGCCCUUUGGAGGUCUUAUUAAUUUUAAAUUUUUUUUCUAAUUUUUUUAAGGAUGCGUCUUUUACGUUUUCAUUCACAUCAAAAUUAUUCUAAUAAUAAUAAAGAAACUAAUCAAAUAAUUAAUGCCCCUCCAAUUUAUUCUUUAUCUUCAAAUAAUUCUACAGAAUCUUCUUCAC